UACCCUAAACGUGCAUCUAAUCCUAAUUCACUCGUUAUUAUUAAACACGCAUAAGUGUUUACUACCUUUUAAUUAUUAAAUGCUUACAAUGUCUUUAGAAGCAUAGCACAUAUAAAACUUUAUUAAAAAUUAUACAACCAAAUAAAACAUGGGCGACAAAAUUAAGAAUAUUCCUGAGCAAAAAUUAAAAGCUUUCUCCAUCGGAACGAUGGGAAAACGAUCUUUAUCCAAGAAGGAGUUAGAGGAACAACGGAAAAAAGAGGAAGAAAGAGCCGCAGCUCAUGUCUUUGAAGAAUUUGUGGCUACAUUUCAAGAGUCCCCAAUUAGUAGUUCAAGCAAGGUCUGGGUAAAAGCAGGAACGUACGAUGCAGGAGCUAGAAAGGAAGAUACGAAAGAUAAAGGUAAACUGUAUAAGCCACAGUCUCGUAUUCCCUCAGCUGAGAUCGCAGCACCUACAGAAAAGGCCCAAUUUUAUGCAAAACUUAUUUCUGAUAAAAAGCCAGAGCGGUUAGGAAAAAAGAAACAACAUACAAAGAGCAACCUCGAAGCUUUUAAAGAAGAAUUAAGACAGAUUCAAGAAGAACGUGAGGAGCGGCACAAGUAUAAGGGUGUCAUUCGCACACCAAUGGAAUCAGAAUUGGAUAUGUUUUUACGAAGCGGGGAUUUGGGUUCUUUUGAUAACGGCGAUCCAACAACAACAAAUUUGUAUCUUGGAAAUCUCAAUCCAAAGAUUACGGAACAGCAAUUGAUGGAAAUAUUUGGGCGCUAUGGUCCACUCGCUAGUAUAAAAAUCAUGUGGCCGCGCUCUGACGAAGAAAAGGCUCGUGGUCGUAACUGCGGGUUUGUGGCAUACAUGAGUCGAAAAGAUGGUGAAAGAGCGUUGAGAAAUCUAAAUGGAAAAGAAAUUUUAGGAUAUGAAAUGAAGUUAGGCUGGGGAAAGUCAGUUAUAAUUCCUCCACAUCCAAUUUAUAUACCUCCAGCGCUUCUAGAAUUGUCAUUCCCUCCACCUCCAUCAGGUUUACCAUUCAAUGCGCAACCCUGUGCUAAAGAUAAAGAUAUCUUACCCAAAUCUGCUGAAGAACUUACUGAUAUUUUGUCUAGGAGUGUGGUUAAGGUCGUCAUUCCCACAGAUCGAAAUUUGUUGAUGCUUAUUCACAGAAUGGUGGAGUUUGUUGUAAGGGAAGGACCAAUGUUGGAAGCUAUGAUUAUGAAUAGGGAAAUACACAAUCCAAAUUAUAGGUUUCUUUUUGAAAAUCAAAGCCCAGCCCACAUCUACUAUAGGUGGAAAUUAUAUUCCAUUAUGCACGGAGAUUCACAGAAAGAGUGGAGUACAAAGGAAUUUAGGCUUUUCAAAAAUGGUUCAAUUUGGAAACCACCCCUUAUGAAUUCAUAUACCGCGGGAAUGCCAGACGAAUUAGUGAAUGAUGAUGAAGGAAAAGAAAAUACCAAAGGGUCCCUUUCCAACACGCAACGCGAUCGACUCGAAGAUCUAAUCCGUGGUUUAACUCCUGAAAGAAGUAAAAUAGGAGAAGCUAUGGUUUUCUGUAUAGAACACAGUGACGCCGCAGAAGAAGUGGUCGAUUGUAUUACAGAAUCUUUAUCAAAUAGCUCCACCCUAAUUACGAAAAAAAUAGCAAGACUAUAUUUAGUGUCUGAUAUUCUACAUAAUUGUGGAGUGAAAGUAAACAAUGCGUCAUUUUACAGGAAAGCGUUCGAAUCAAAACUCGUUGACAUAAUGGUAGAAGUUAAGAAAGCUUAUGAUAAAUUAGAAGGAAGACUGCAAGCUGAAGGCUGCAAAUUACGGGUUUUAAGGAUUUUACAAGCUUUGGAUGAUUCUAUUUAUCAUAAAGACUACGUAAAUAAAUUACGGACAAUCUUUUUAGGCAUCAGAGAACAAGAAGUUAAAGAAGAAUCGGUUGCCGAAAGCAAUAUAGAUAUAGAUGGUGAUCCUUUACAAGAUCAGGCCGAAACAGACGACGAUGUUCCAAUGGAUGGAGCUACACUUCUUAAAAGUGCAAUGAAGCGGUACAAAAAUACAACAAUUGCUGCUGAAGACAUUGAUGGAAAGGAAAUUGUUGAUGACCCUAGCGACGUUGUGGUGUCAACAAAAAAAACUGUAGGACCACUGUCUGGGUUUAUAAUGUCAAAAUGGGAAACCAUUGAUCCCGAGCAAGUAGAAGCACAGGCAAUGACUACCAGUAAGUGGGAUCUUUUGGGUAGUAGUGCGGACCCUAGUCAAGAUGGUUCUUCAAAUGAGAAUCAAGAUUCCAAUGAUUAUACAGAUUCCAGGAAUUUAACAGAAGAAAGACGCAUAAAAUUAAGGGAAAUUGAAGUAAAAGCUGUUCAGUAUCAAGAUGAACUAGAAUCAGGACAAAGAGCUUUAAAGACUGGCUGGACCCUUCCCCAACAAGUGGAACAUUAUAGACGAAAAUUGUUAAAAAGAAGUGAGAAAGAACGAAAAGACAAAGAUAUGAAAAGUGAAAAACACAAGAAAGAUUACGAUAAAUCAGAGAGAAAAGAUGGAGGUAGUUCAGACGACGAAGUUUAUUACAAAGAAAUUAAAUCUAGAAAGUCAAAAAAAGUGUCGCGCAGCUCGUCGAGUGGGUCUACGUCAAAGCACAGGUCGAAAAGUCGUUCACCAGCAAGAAAGAAAAGUUACAGAGGACCCAGCCCUCCCAGUCCUCCUCAUAUUCGACGCCAGUCACCAUUUUCAUCCCGAUCCCGCAAAUCCAAAGAUUCCUUGUCACCGCUUAGUUCAUCCAACGGUAAAUAUGGUUCACCUACGCGUGUGACCAAAAGACGAUCGCCCUCCCCAACACGUACAAAAAGUAGUCGUAAGUCUUCUUCCCCUCGAAGUCGUAGAACACCUUCACCUAGAAGUCGUCGUGGAAGCACGUCGCCAUACAGAUCGAGAUAUCACUCCCCAGAACCGUCACGAAAACAUCGACAUAAACAUAAAUAUUAAUGCCACUCAGAAGCGCCAUCACCAAAUAAAACGGUUUUAACACUUUAGGAUCAUUAAGUUUAAUCAGCUGAAAUUUUACCUAUUUUUAUUACCUUCUGAUUCCAUUAUGUUUAACGGUUUUACGUAUAUUGAAUAAGUCAGAUGAGUUGACAAUUUCACAUGAAGUUUACAUCAGCCGAAAAUUAGCUAUAUUUUGAUUUCAUUAUAUUUAACGGUUUUACGAAUUAAUGUAUGCUCAUGAACCUGUAUAAUGUUGUAAUAAAGCGUAUUUUUUUAUUUGGUCAA